CGGGGGCCGGCCCCGGGGCUCUCCCCGCCCCGCUCGGGGCCGGGCUCCCGGCAGCGGCUCCCCGGCAGGCCCCGGCUCAGCCCCGGAGCUCCCCGCACUACAACUCCCGGCGUGCCCGGAGCCAGGGCUCGGCCGAAGGGGAGCAGGGAGGGCCGGCAGGUAGUAGGGGAGGCUCAGCCCGGCUCGGCUGGGCUCGCUGGGUGCCCUCCGGAGCCUUCCCCCUGCUCCUCCUCCUCCUCCUCCUCCUCCUCCAUGGAGCGGGGGAAGAUGGCGGAGCUGGAGAGCCUGGAGACGGCGGCGGAGCACGAAAGGAUCCUGCGGGAGAUUGAGAGCACCGACACGGCCUGCAUCGGCCCCACGCUCAGCGGUUCUUGUGGUGUCCGUCAGCUGGCAGACCCCGCUGCUGAGCUCUCCUGUCCGAGCAGCCAGGUCUGUUUAUGAUGGAGAGGAGCACGGUCGAUUCAUGGAGAAAUUGGAAGCACGGAUCAGAAAUCAUGAUCGGGAGAUCGAGAAAAUGUGCAACUUCCACUACCAGGGCUUUGUGGACUCCAUCACGGAGCUGCUGAAAGUUAGGGGAGAAGCUCAAAAACUGAAGAACCAAGUGACGGACACCAACCGAAAGCUGCAGAACGAAGGGAAAGAACUGAUAAUAGCAAUGGAAGAGCUGAAGCAGUGCCGAUUACAACAGAGAAAUAUUUCAGCGACGGUCGAUAAGCUAACGCUGUGUCUUCCUGUCCUGGAGAUGUACAGCAAACUGCGAGAGCAAAUGAAAUCUAAAAGACACUACCCUGCGCUGAAGACCCUGGAGCACCUCGAGCACACCUACCUGCCCCAGGUGAGCCACUACCGCUUCUGCAAGAUCAUGGUGGAUAACAUCCCAAAGCUGCGCGAGGAGAUAAAGGAAGUUUCCAUGUCAGACCUCAAGGAUUUUCUGGAGAGUAUCCGUAAGCACUCCGACAAGAUUGGGGAGACGGCGAUGAAACAGGAUUGCAGAUACAAUCAGUGGAAAAUAAUUGCCAAGAUAUUCUUCAGUCUUCUGCUCUCUCCAAGUAUUAAGGCACAGCAGCAAAGAAACCUGGACAAUAUUGUAUCACAGCAUCCCAGGAUAAGCGGGGGAAAAAAGUCCAAGAAAGAAGUCUGCGCAAGCUCAGAUUUGGAGGUAAAGACCACUAGCCCCAUGUCUGAGCAGGAUUCGGGUAUCCUGGAUGUUGAAGAUGAGGAUGAGGAUGAAGAGGUGCCUGGGGCCCAGGAUCUGGUGGACUUCUCGCCUGUGUACCGAUGCCUGCACAUUUACUCCGUCCUGGGUGCCCAAGAAACCUUUGAGAACUACUACAGGAAGCAGAGAAGAAAACAAGCCAGAUUGGUCCUGCAGCCUCCUUCCAACAUGCAUGAAACUUUAGAUGGCUACAGGAAGUAUUUUAAUCAAAUUGUAGGGUUUUUUGUAGUUGAAGAUCACAUCUUGCAUACGACGCAGGGCUUGGUAAAUAGAGCCUAUAUUGAUGAGCUGUGGGAGAUGGCGUUAUCAAAAACCAUUGCAGCGCUAAGGACGCAUUCAUCCUAUUGCUCGGACCCGAGCCUGGUGUUAGACUUGAAGAACCUCAUCGUCCUCUUUGCAGACACACUCCAGGGAUAUGGCUUCCCAGUGAACCAGCUCUUUGACAUGCUGCUGGAGAUCCAAGACCAGUAUAGUGAAACCCUGCUGAAGAAAUGGACAGGAGUUUUCAGAAAUAUACUUGAUUCAGAUAACUACAGUCCCAUCCCGGUGACAAAUGAAGAGAUGUAUAAGAAAAUAGUUGGACAGUUCCCAUUCCAGGAUGCAGAACUUGAAAAGCAACCAUUUCCAAAGAAGUUCCCCUUUUCUGAGUUUGUGCCUAAAGUUUACAAUCAGAUUAAGGAAUUCAUCUACGCCUGUCUGAAGUUUUCAGAAGACCUUCACCUGAGCUCCACGGAAGUCGAUGAUAUGAUUAGAAAAUCGACGAAUCUGCUGCUGACCCGAACGCUGAGCAACUGUUUACAGAACGUCAUCAAGAGGAAAAACGUAGGGCUGACAGAGCUUGUACAGAUCAUUAUAAACACGACCCAUUUGGAAAAAUCGUGCAAGUUCCUAGAGGAAUUCAUAACCAAUAUCACCAACGUACUUCCAGAGACUGUCCACACUACGAAACUUUAUGGGACCACGACUUUUAAGGAUGCCCGCCACGCUGCUGAGGAAGAGAUUUACACCAACCUGAACCAGAAGAUUGACCAGUUCUUGCAGCUGGCAGAUUACGACUGGAUGGCCAUGGAGCCGGGCAGCAAGGCCAGUGACUACCUGGUCGACCUCAUUGGCUUUCUGCGCAGCACGUUUGCCGUGUUCACGCACCUCCCGGGGGAUGUAGAUGUCCACUCUACAAUGUCGGGGAAGGUGGCGCAGACCGCCUGCAUGUCGGCGUGCAAGCACUUGUCCACCUCGCUGAUGCAGCUGCUGCUGGAAGCCGAAGUGCGGCAGCUGACGCUGGGCGCCUUGCAGCAGUUCAACCUGGACGUGGAGGAAUGCGAACAGUUUGCCAGAUCCGGCCCAGUGCCUGGGUUCCAAGGGGACACGCUGCAGUUGGCCUUCAUCGACUUGAGACAACUCCUGGAUCUGUUCAUCCAGUGGGACUGGUCGACGUACCUGGCUGACUACGGGCAACCCACGUGCAAGUACCUCCGGGUGAACCCCACCACGGCCCUCGUCCUGCUGGAAAAGAUAUCACGAGUGAUGCGAGACACGAGCAGGAAGAACAACGUUUUCGCCCAGUUUCGGAAGAACGAGCGGGACAAGCAGAAGCUGAUAGACACCGUGGCCAAGCAGCUCCGCAGCCUCAUCAACAGCCACCACUCCUGAGGGCCACCGCACUCCGGGACCCGCGCCGCGCCGGUCCCUGCACCGCAGCCUUCCACACGCCUGGACUUGGGAUCCUUGUUCAAAGAGAAUAUAUCUGUAUUUUUUUAUUCGCCUGUAUAGAAUCCAUGAGACCUACCCUCCUGACAAAACGUUCCUCGCUAAGCAAUCCCGGGGAAGAGAGGCAGCGCUGCCUGUGUGCUGGGGCAGCGAGGGUGCCGGCAGGAGUCUCCGUUCCAAGCUCCUAUUUUCAGGGGGUUGUAAAGGGACGGUAAAGCCUGAAAGAGAAGUUCACACCCAGACUAUGUUUUUUUUUUCGUUUUUUUUUUUUUGUAAGCCAAAUUCAAAGAAUUGGUUUGACUUCCUUUUGUUAAGUUAUUCAGUUGCAGAACAAGCGAAAACAAAAAAAAAUAUAGGGAGGAGUCGCGGUUUCAGGUUCUUCUCGUGGGCUCCGGUGAAAGGAGCACGCGUUAGAAAGAGGGUCACUCGCUCGCUUGCCAACGUGCGGAUUGGGUUUUUGGAGGAAGAGAGGCAAAGUGAUCCCCCAGCCUCUCGCCUCCUCCUCCUGUAGGGGCUGAUGCCCACCCCGGUUUCAGGUGGCUCGCGGGGAGCCGUAUCCCGUUCCCGUGGGGCUGCAAGGGAGCAGAUGCACCCUGAGCUCUGCCUCUAGGAUCUGUCUUUUGGACCUGCACUGAAUGGAAAAGGGUUGUAAAAGGUUGGAUAGAUGGGAAGAGGGAGAGCCUGCGGGGUGCCCUGCGGGGCUGGGAUGGCACCAGGGUGCUGCUGCUGUGUCCAGCACGGUGCCAGGAGGGAAACCCGCUGGGGUUGCGGGCAGAUCGGGCUCCCCGGUGUGUGGGGUGAUCCUGGAGCUUAGCUCUUCCUCUCCCUGUACCUUUUACCCAUGCUGGUUCCCCAUCUCCCCUCUCCUGCUGCCCUGGUGCCAUGUCCCUCCACUUCCCAUGCGCUCUCUGGCUCGGAGCAGCCUCACAAGCUCCCCAGGGUGACAAACGGGAGCCUCCUGGGUGUCCCCAAAACUCUGGCAGUGGGAGGUGACCCCAGAGCAGCACCACAGCGCCCAGCACCCCGGCUCUGAAGUGCCUGGGGGCAAAACUCUCCUCUUUGCUCCGGAGGUGCCCGUACAUCAGGGCAGCCUCGGAGGACCCUGGGGUUCAGGUUACAGAGAGGGGAAUUCUUCCUUUAUCUUUUCAUUACCAUUUGGACUCCAAUUAGUGCAGGUGGAAGCUCAGCCAGGCAGUUUCUCCCCCCAUCACAGCCCUCCAGGACCGGUGGAUUAUUUUCGUGAACGGGAGGGAAGAGCAAAUGCUGGACCUUAAUUUCAUGACUCCUUUCUUUCUGGGGGGGGGGAUCGGAGGGGAUUUUUGUCUUAACACCUCUUUGAAGGCUGGAAGAAAAGGGAGCAGCUCGGUGUGGCCAGAAAGGGAUCAGCUCUGCAGACACCUCUGCGUGCAGCCCAGCCAAGGCUUUUUCUCCAGGCAGGGACAGGUGAAGAUGAACCCCGCUGCUGACCCCUUUUCCUGCUCCCCAAAUCCUUCACAGCUGAGAAAGGGAAGAGGGAGAGCUCCCAGCCCUCCACGUCCCACAACUCGCAGGACCUCGGGGCGCUCUGUCCCUCCUCCCCAUCACCCGGCGGUGCCGAUGUGAUGGGAGGCGCAGGGACAGGAGUGCGAGGUGGUUCCAGCAUCAGCCCUGCCUCAGCCUUUUACGCAGAGCUCUCCAGAGGCCAGAGCUAGCAAGAAAAACCCAAAACCAGGCGGUGGCAGGAGCAGGGGGAGCUUCCAUCCACGGGGCACUUGCGCCGAGGGCCCUUCAGCGGUAACAAGCACUUUAAAAAAAACUCUUCGCAAUCACGAGCUGCUACAGAUGCUGGCAACAGCGUCAGCGAGCAUCAGCGAGCACGACAAAUAAAGCACUCCGGCAUUUCCAGUUUUUAUUAGGGGGAGGAUAGGUUGUCAAACACAAUUUUUAAUCGCAUUUGUCAGCCGCCGACUUCGCCGCCGGGCCAGGCGGUGCCGUUGCAGCGCUGAUGGUUUUCCUUCCCCGCGUGGCCAGGAGCAGCACCGGGAAAAGCUCCCGCUGCUGGCUCCAAAAUCCAGGUUUUUUUCCCCAAGGAGCGGCUCCGGCAUCGCGUUGUGCAAGGCGGCUCUGGGGUCUGCACGCAAAGCCCGGAGCCACCGGGGCUCGGAGCGAGACCUCGAUUUGGGGCUGGGACUCGCUUCUGGGAAAGCCCAGCCCGGCCACGGGGAGAUGCAGGGAGUUUCUGAUUUCGGGAGGUCAAGCACCUAACCACAAGUCACAUAACGGAGAUGAAAAAUGGAAUUUCGGGGCUCUGGUCCUAAUUAACUUUUUGUUCCGAGAGAUGCUGUUCCAUCCCUUCAAAAUAAAAUUAAUCUUUUAAACAGAUUGCUUAAGGAGCCCUGGAAGACGUUUCAAAUCCCCUCUAAAUCUCCUGCUAAUGACUGGUAUCCUCCGCUACGGAUGGUAUUGCUUACGAGGGAAGGGUUGUUGCUAGAAAUUUAUAACGUGGGGGGAGGCAACCGUGGCUUUGCAACCCCCGGAGCCAACAAUGCUGCUAUUAACACCCCGUGUACAUACCUUGCUCAUCCUUUAGGGUUUUAUUUUUUUUUUUAAGCAGUGGCUGUAGAAAAGCCCGGGUUAGCCUCCCUCUCCAUCCCAACCUGGCAAACGGAUUUCAGCACCAGUGGGAAAAAAAUAAUAAAAAAAAAAAGAAAAUCGUUAAAAAAAAAAAGAAAAAUCAUUGAAAAAAAUAUCAAAAGCUCGCCUUGCUGAGCAGCAUGCCCACAUCUCAGCUUCCUCACCAGCUGCAGGGGCUGUGCGUCGCAGGAAGGGUUUUUUUUGCCUUCUCCAAGGCACGAAGCUGGAGCACCGAAUGAAGGGGAUGGCCUCGGGGUGGACGAGGGAGAACGGGACAUUUUCUGUUUCUUUUCCUAGGGCUGGGGUUGGAGGCCGAAGCUCUUGGCAGUUUUUGCACUUUGUUCGAAAUCCGGCCACGAGCCCGGGCUCAAUGGGGAGCAGCUGCCCCGGGGUGGGGGGGGAUGCAGCAUUUUGGGGUGGCUGCUUCGUGCCCCUGGGAUGGAGACAGGAGCAGCCUGGCCAUGUGGGAGCUUUGGGCUCCUUUUCCCACCUGUGUCCCCUUUUUGGUGCCCCCAUUGGCAUCAUCUCAUUCAUCUCAUCCCCCCCCCUGAGCAGAGGAAUCCUUGUCCCUGGUUUCCUACCUCUCUCUCGCACCUCUGUGGUUUUCCCUUUAGGUCUGGUUUGGUGCUUUUCGGAGCAUCGCCUGGUUUGCAGCACCCAGCGCCCACCCUGCUGCAUGUUCAGCCUCGGGGGGGGCAGAAGCCCUGUACACCCCCCAAAUGCACCCAAAUGCAACUUCACGGGGGGGCUGAAGGGCAUGCGACCUGAAAAUAAAUCUGGGCACAAACGAAUUCAGGAUGGACCCGUCCGUGCGGCGAGCUGGGCGAGUUGCGCGUUCGAGGGAAGAGAUUUGGGGCAGGAUUCGCCCCAAAAACACCAGAUGAGGGGUGCUCGGGAUGAGUCCUGGGGGUACAGAAAUUGGGAGCACCCCAAUUUCCGUAGGGUCCUGCGUGUGCCUCCCUUGGGAAUCCCACCAUCAUUUCGGGAGGAGCCCCCUCCUGAAUCUCCAUCCUCCCCAACCCCAAGCCCUCGGUGCCCGCUGGCUGCUUGCGUUGCCUUUUCUCAUCUCGGAGGGGGGGAAGAGCGUGGGUUUGUAAACUAAUGUGGUGAAAACAGCUUUUUUUGCACAAGUCGUUGCACAAUAAGGGGAAAAAUUAGUAAAUUAGGUUUAACUUUAAAGGGAACUUUUUUUUUUUUUUCUUUUCGUUUUUCCUUACAACUCACUAGCAGAGCUACUGAUUAAAAAAAAAAAAACAACAACGAGAAAAAGACGGACUGGUUAAAAAAUAAAAUAAAAACGGACUGCAUGGUUUACAGGUUAAAUCGCGUUAGAAAUUAGCAUGUUGAUUCCGACUGUACAUUUAUCCUAUUGUAACUGCCAUUAAACAAUACAGCAUUUAACUGUUUGCCUAA